UCAACCUCGACCUCAACUAAUACCCAUCCGGCCAACAUGACGGUCUACUACACGAUAACCUUCCUGCUGCUCGCAGCAGAGAUGGGGACUUUCUGCGUGCUUGUCGCACCCCUACCGUACGCCGUCCGCAAGCGGCUCCUCCGCUUCCUUAGCGAGAACCCGCUAAUCGCCAAGCUUGCCUAUGCGCUCAAGAUCACCUUCAUAUUCGUCGGCGUUCUGUUUGUGGAUGCUCUUCAGCGCAUGUGGCGUGUCACUGCCGAGGCCGACCUUGCCCGCAACCAGGGCGGCACCCUCCACGACGCCCGCGCAGAGACCGGUUUCGCUGCGCGCAAGUUCUACGCACAACGCAAUACAUACCUCACCGGCUUCUGUUUAUUCCUCUCUCUCGUACUCACCCGCACGUUCUAUAUCCUCCUCGACCUCGUGCACACUCAGGAGGAGUACGCCAAGCUCAAGCAGGAUACCGCCAAGUCCUCGCGCGAUACGAUCGCGGCAGGCGACCAGAGCAAGCAGGUCGCUGAGCUCAAGCAGCGACUCGCUGCAGCGGAAAAGAAAGCUCGUGAUUAUGAUAUCCUGAAGAAGCAAGCGGAGCAGAAUCAGGUUGAGUACGACCGGCUUGCGACGGAGUUCAACUCAAAGACGGGUGCCGUGAGCGACAAGCGCAAGGACUAAGCAGGAUGAAGCCCGACCUGGUACUGUGCUAUAAAGGUGAUGGUGGGAGAAAUUGGAGGAUGAAGGGAAGGGAGAGCAGGAGAAACGCGAAGAAUAUGUGCCGGUGAAGGAUGGGGUGAAUUAAGGAGACCCGUAGUGCUCACUUCAUGCGCGUGUUCUUACAGCUUACAUUUUAGCAGUCAUGAGUUUGUGCUUAAUCCUUGCUUGCUCG